CUCAAUCCCAACAUGCUAAAGGUCAGCCUGCACGAAGCAUGUUUGGAUGACAGUCCCAAGUAUGAAGCUAUCUCUUAUGCCUGGGGCACCGCAGAUCUGGUGCAGCAUGUAGCUUGUGGCUCUAAGUGGCUAUGGGUUACACAAAGCUGUUAUGACCUGCUUUACGAAUUGCGAAGACGAGACUGGAGUCUCGGCACGAGAACAGCUCGAUGUUAUUGGAUCGAUGCUAUUUGCAUCAAUCAAGGCUUCCAGGAGGAGGAUACCCCAGAACAGAGAAUCCAGCGAGAGCGUAGCCACCAAGUCGCUAUGAUGGCUACUAUCUACGAAAAUGCUAUUCAAGUAGUCGUCUGGCCUGGU